CGGCGCCGUCAAGCCCAGGUGAGGAGCCCGCGGGGCGGUGGCAGGGUGUUGGAAGGAGCCCAUGCCGGAAUCCCCGAGAGGGGGCGUUGGGACGGUGUGCCUGGACCGCCCUGCCCAGCCGCAGAGCAUGUCCCAGCUGGACUUGGAGGAGCUGGCCGAAAUAGAGCUGCAGAGAGAUGAAGAGGAAGCAGCCGCUCUGAGCAUAGUGAGGAGGCCAUCGGCAGCGCCCGCGGCUGCCCAGGACCCUGCGCUGAGCAUGAAUCACCCCUUCUAUGACGUGGCCAGGCACGGCAUUCUGCAGGUGGCAGGGGAGGACCGCUUUGGGAGACGAGUCAUCACCUUCAGCUGCUGCCGGAUGCCCCCCUCCCACGAGCUCAACCAUAGGCGUCUGCUGGAGUACUUGAAGUACACUCUGGACCAGUACGUGGAGAGCGAUUACACCGUCGUCUACUUCCAUUACGGGCUGAACAGCCGGAACAAGCCGUCGCUGGGCUGGCUGCAGAGCGCCUACAAGGAGUUUGACAGGAGGUACAAGAAGAACUUGAAGGCGCUGUACGUCGUGCAUCCCACCAACUUCAUCAGGGUCCUCUGGACCAUCUUCAAACCGCUCAUCAGUCAUAAGUUUGGGAAAAAAGUCGUCUAUGUCAACGGCUUGAGCGAGCUCCGCGAACACCUCAAGUACGACCAGCUGAUCGUCCCCCCGGAGGUUCUGCGGUAUGAUGAGAAGCUCCGGAACCUGCACGAGGGCAGGUCGCCCUCUCCUGCCAAGAUGCCGCCGCCGCGGCCCCCUCUGCCCACCCAGCAGUUUGGCGUCAGUCUGCAAUACCUCAAGGACAAAAAUCAAGGGGAGCUCAUCCCUCCUGUGCUGAGGUUCACGGUGACGUACCUGAGAGAGAAAGGACUCCGCACGGAGGGCCUGUUCCGGAGAUCGGCCAGCGUCCACGCCAUCCGCGAGAUUCAGCGGCUCUACAAUCAAGGGAAGCCAGUGAACUUUGAUGACUAUGGAGACAUCCACAUCCCUGCCGUGAUCCUGAAGACCUUUCUUCGAGAGCUGCCCCAACCGCUCCUGACCUUCAGGGCCUAUGAGCAGAUUCUCGGGAUCACCAGUGUGGAGAGCAGCCUGAGGGUGACCCGCUGCCGCCAGAUCCUGCAGAGCCUUCCAGAACACAACCGCGCUGUCCUCAGCUACCUCAUGGGCUUCCUGCACGAGACCCACAACCCUCUGUCAUCCGACCUUUCCUGGAACACGCAUCCUUCCGGGCCCUUUGCAGGCCGCGUGCGGUGCAGGCGUGAGUGAGGCUGGUUUGGCCGUGGGGCUCUCAGCCGCGGGGCACAUUUCCACCCACAUGGUGACACCACGGCAGGGGCUGGCCUGGGUCUUUGGGGCUUAUGCGGGAACCCUGCUGCCUGGCAGGUGGCCUGGGAAUGUGAUGACCAGUGGAGGGGAGGGGACCUCUGGGCAGGACCAGUGUCACCUGUUGAAGUUCAUCAAACACCACCUCUUGGUUUUUUGGGGUUUUUUUUGUUUUAUUUUGUUUUUUGGGUUUUUUUAUUUUUUUGACCACCUCUUGGUUUUAAAAAUAAACUUUGGGGACUCCUGCCUGGCUCAUUCGGUAGGGCCGGCCGCUCUUGAUCUUGGGGUCAUGAGUUUGAGCCCCAUGUUGGGUGUAGAGAUCACUUUAAAAAAAUAAGCUAUCUCGUUCUCCUUCUCUGUCACUUGACCUUAUUUCUCAGAAGCCAAAAACUAAGUGAUCGUCAUCUUUUUUUCUAUGUUUUCUUGAACUAGAAAUGGAUUUAUUUUUCUGUCCUCUGCCAUGCUGCUGGCAUUAAUAUGUCCCCUGGGGCUUGGCGCUGCAUAGCCUUGGCCCCCGGGGGACACCUGCAGGGGCUC